AACGCUGCGACGCGUUCGUGCAUCUGUUGUGAUUCGGCUCAAGAGAGAGUGUCCAAACACACCGCAAAACUCCUGGUGAAGCAAAUGAGUUCCACGAUGGCGUUUAUUAAAGAAGAGUGUGAAGACAUUAAGAUUGAAGAAGCAUUUGAGGUGAAACAAGAAUAUACAGAGGAACAAACAGAUCUAAUGCCGCUGAAAGAGGAGAUGAAUGAAAUGGAAGAGAAACAUCAGUUUGAGAAGCAUCAUGAUUUAAUACCUGGAGAUAAAUGUUGUUCACAGCCUGUAAAGAGAACCUACCGAACAAGAGCUCUGCCUCCAAUAAUCUGCUUUCAUUGUGGAAAGCGUUUCAAUCAACAUGGAAACCUUACAGUCCAUCUGAGAAUUCAUACUGGAGAGAAGCCUUUCACCUGCCAACAGUGUGGAAAGUGUUUUACUCAAAAAGCACACCUUCAAGUCCACAUGAAAGUUCACACUGGAGACAGCUCUUUCACCUGCCAACAGUGUGGAAAAAAUUUUAACAGAAAAACAAACUUUAUGUUCCACAUGAGAGCUCAUUCUGAAGACAGCUCUUCCACAUGCCCGCAGUGUGGAAAAAAAUUUAGCAAAAGAGGAAACCUAAAAGAUCACAUGAGAGUUCACACUGGAGAGAAGCCUUACACUUGUCAACAGUGUGGAAAAAGUUUUAGCCGAAAAGGAAAUCUCAAAGAUCACAUGAGAAUUCACACUGGAGUGAAGCCUUACACUUGCCAACAGUGUGGAAAAAGUUUCAAUCAAUCUAGUAACUAUAAAAUCCACAUGAGAAUUCAUACUGGAGAUGGCUCUUUCAACUGCCAACAUUGUGGAAAAAGUUUUGAUCAACAAGGAAACCUUAAAAACCACAUGAUAAUUCACACUGGAGAGAAGCCAUUCACGUGUGAUCAGUGUGGAAAGUGUUUCAACCUAAAAGGAAAUCUAAAAGUUCACAUGAGAGUUCACAGUGGAGAGAGCCCUUUUACCUGUCAGCAGUGUGGAAAAACUUUCACUCGAAAAGGAAGCCUUAAAGUCCAUAUGAGAGUUCACACUGGAGAGCAGCCUUUUAAAUGCCUUCAGUGUGGAAAGAGUUUUCCACAUAAGAAAAACCUUAAUUCCCACAUACGAAUUCACACCGGAGAGAAGCCAUUCACUUGCCAUCAAUGUGGUAAGAGUUUCACUCAAAAACAAAACAUUAAAGUCCACAUGAGAAUUCACACUGGAGAAAAGCCCUUCACCUGCCAACAUUGUGGACAGAGUUUUACACGUAAAGAAAACCUUAAUGCCCACAUGAGAGUUCACACUGGAGAGAAGCCUUACUCAUGUCAACACUGUGGACAGAGUUUUGCACAUAAAGGAAACCGUAAUGCCCACAUGAGAAUUCACACUGGAGAGAAACCAUUUAUCUGCAAACUGUGUGGGAAGAGAUACUCACGAAAAGAAUGUCUUAAGACUCACAUGCGAAUUCAUAUUGGAGAGAAGCCAUUCGUAUGUGGUCAGUGUGGAAAGAGUUUCAGGUGUAAAGUAAACCUUAAUCAGCACAUGAGGACUCACUCGAGAGAAACCGGUUUUAAAUGUAAUGAGUGUGGAAAGAGUUUCACAGAUGGGAAUGAACUUAAGAAUCACGUAAGAACUCACAUCGGAGAGAGGCGUUUCAUGUGCCAUCAUUGUGGAAAGACUUGCAUAAGCAAAUCAAUCCUUGAGAUUCACAUUAGAACUCACACUGGAGAGAAGCCUUUCACCUGCCCACAGUGUGGAAAAGGUUUCACACAUAAAGGAAACCUUAACAUUCACAUGAGGCUGCACACUGGAGAGAAGCCUUUCACAUGUCUUAAGUGUGAAAAGUGUUUCACAUAUCAAAGAGACCUGAAAUGUCAUUUGCAAACUCAUUCUGGAAAACAACUGUAGUGUUCAUCAGUGUGCAAGAGGUUUAUAAAAUACAGACGUUUCAGAAAUCACCUGCACUCUGGCGGACAACUGUUUAAUUUCAAUCAGUGUAAUAAAAAAUAUCACACAG